UUCUUAGUUUUCUUGUAGCCUUCCGUUCUUCUUUCUCGUCGGCAGGUUUCUGACCGGAAAUUGCCGUUUAUUGGUGGCAUUUAGGUGUAUAAUGGCGAUUAUCUCAGAUCUCACGACGGAGAUUUUGAUCCCGGUGUGUGCGGUCAUCGGGCUUGUGUUUUCUGUGGUUCAAUGGUUUCUCGUCUCUCUUGUAAAGGUCUCCCCUGACACACAGGGUUCUUCGAAAAACAGCAAGAAUGGUUACAAUGAUUACCUUAUCGAAGAAGAGGAAGGUCUCAACGAUCACAACGUUGUCCUUAAAUGCGCUGAAAUACAAACUGCCAUAUCUGAAGGAGCAACUUCUUUCCUUUUCACUGAAUAUCAGUACGUUGGGGUGUUCAUGAUUGCCUUUGCAAUUCUUAUCUUCCUCUUCCUUGGCUCGGUGGAAGGAUUCAGUACCCAAAGCCAGCCUUGCACUUACAACAUUGAAAAGCUCUGCAAACCUGCUCUUGCCACUGCCAUUUUCAGUACUGUAGCCUUCAUCCUUGGUGCUAUCACCUCAGUGGUGUCUGGCUUCCUUGGAAUGAAAAUUGCUACCUAUGCAAAUGCUAGAACAACCCUAGAAGCAAGGAAGGGUGUUGGGAAGGCUUUCAUUGUUGCUUUCAGAUCAGGUGCAGUCAUGGGUUUCCUCCUCACUGCCAGUGGUCUUUUGGUACUUUACAUUACAAUCAACCUCUUCAAGCUGUACUAUGGUGAUGACUGGGAAGGGCUUUUUGAGGCUAUAACGGGCUAUGGUCUUGGUGGAUCUUCCAUGGCCCUUUUUGGUAGAGUUGGCGGAGGUAUCUACACAAAGGCAGCUGAUGUUGGUGCUGAUCUUGUUGGCAAAGUAGAGAGGAACAUUCCCGAGGAUGACCCGAGAAACCCAGCUGUCAUCGCUGACAAUGUUGGUGAUAAUGUUGGGGAUAUUGCUGGAAUGGGAUCUGAUCUUUUUGGCUCAUAUGCUGAGUCUUCCUGCGCUGCACUUGUUGUUGCUUCUAUAUCCUCGUUUGGGAUCAACCAUGACUUUACCGCAAUGUGUUAUCCAUUGCUUGUUAGCUCUAUUGGUAUUCUUGUGUGCUUGAUCACCACUCUCUUUGCGACUGAUUUCUUUGAAAUCAAAGCUGUCAAGGAAAUUGAACCUGCAUUGAAGAAGCAACUUAUUAUUUCAACUGUUCUGAUGACUAUUGGAGUUGCACUCAUUACUUGGCUUGCACUCCCAUCAUCCUUCACAAUCUUCAAUUUUGGAACUCAAAAGGAUGUGAAGAACUGGCAUAUAUUCCUUUGCGUUGCUGCUGGUCUAUGGGCUGGACUCGCUAUUGGUUUCGUAACUGAGUAUUACACCAGCAAUGCAUACAGCCCCGUGCAAGAUGUGGCGGAUGCCUGCAAAACUGGGGCUGCUACUAAUGUCAUUUUUGGGCUUGCUUUGGGAUACAAAUCUGUCAUCAUUCCCAUUUUUGCCAUUGCAGUCUGUAUAUUUGUAGGUUUCAGCUUUGCUGCCAUGUAUGGUGUAGCAGUCGCUGCUCUAGGAAUGCUGGGCACCAUUGCUACUGGAUUGGCCAUUGAUGCUUAUGGUCCCAUCAGUGACAAUGCUGGAGGCAUUGCUGAGAUGGCCGGCAUGAGUCACAGGAUCAGGGAGAGAACUGAUGCUCUUGAUGCUGCAGGGAACACCACUGCUGCUAUAGGGAAGGGCUUUGCUAUUGGGUCAGCUGCCCUUGUGUCACUCGCACUCUUUGGUGCCUUCGUUAGCCGUGCAGCUAUUUCAACCGUAGAUGUGCUCUCCCCAAAGGUCUUCAUUGGCUUGAUUGUUGGAGCAAUGCUUCCAUAUUGGUUCUCAGCCAUGACCAUGAAGAGUGUUGGAAAAGCAGCUUUGAAGAUGGUUGAGGAGGUGCGCAGACAGUUCAAUACCAUUCCAGGUCUGAUGGAGGGCACUGCUAAGCCUGAUUACGCCACUUGCGUGAAGAUCUCCACAGAUGCCUCUAUCAAGGAAAUGAUCCCACCCGGUGCCUUGGUCAUGUUGACACCCCUCAUUGUUGGCACAAUCUUCGGUGUGGAGACUCUGUCAGGUGUCUUGGCUGGUUCUCUUGUUUCUGGUGUGCAGAUUGCGAUCUCUGCAUCCAACACUGGAGGUGCAUGGGAUAAUGCCAAGAAAUACAUUGAGGCUGGUGCUUCAGAGCACGCAAGGAGCCUUGGUCCCAAGGGAUCAGAUGCACACAAGGCAGCUGUUAUCGGUGACACCAUUGGGGAUCCACUAAAGGACACAUCUGGCCCAUCACUUAACAUCCUCAUCAAGCUCAUGGCUGUGGAGUCACUUGUGUUUGCUCCAUUCUUCGCCACACACGGUGGCCUCAUCUUCAAGUUAUUUUAAGGGAUGACAUGGGUAACAACCGAAUAGGUGGCUCGAGAUCACCGCCUAUUUAUCUGUUGAGUUCCACCUCUAUUUUUCAUUUCCCUCCACUUGCUCCGCAGAACCUUCCCUGUCUUGUUCUCUUCCAAGGAGGAACUUAUAUUCUGAUUUCUGUAAUUGGUAGUGGGUAUAUUAUUCUUAAAACACAAUACCAUCUAAGCAUUGAGUCUGGGGGACGUGUUCCCCUGUUUUUGAGUGAUGAUGAUGAUGAUGAUGAUGAUGGUCUUUCUUCUAAAUGCAGAGUAGUGCAGUUGACUUACUUUUCCUUGGAUUAUCAGGUGCCCAAAUUCCUAUGUAACCUCUUAAGUUGUGAAAAUAGAUGACAUUGUGGAAA